CGUAGCGACUUGCAACUAGUCCAGUUCUUACACUAUCAGUGCUGCUCAUCGUUAAUUAACAGCAAAAAAUGUACACGACACAUGCAUCAAUUUGUUUCAUCCUGAUUAUUGGAUCUUCUUAUGCUGCACCUGGUGCGAGCCCGGUAGCAAGAGCUAAUCCUACACCAACCGCGAAAGCGGAUCCUACACCCGAAGCCUACGCUGACGCUAAAGCAGAGGCUAAAGCGGAAGCCAAACCUGAGCCUAUACCUGUUCCGGUACCUGUUCCAGGCUACUGGCUAGCACCUCUGUCGUUUGAUUUUCAAUACUACAACAAAUUGUGCAGUACGUCUUUUGUUCCUGCUAAAACUCAUGAGUACGAAGCCAACAUGAAAACAAUGGUGGGAAAGCAAAGAGUUUCAGGCCGAUGCUACAGCCGUAUUAAUUGUUAAAAAACGGUGGCUUUGAGUGAAUUGCUUGCUAGGUGCAUUGUUUAAAAAACGCUUGGUCACUUUUGACCUAAAUUGUUCUCCUGUAGUUUACGUGGAUAAAAAACAAAAAAUAAACUUGUAGGAGUACACAUGCUUCCAUAUUAUUGUCAAAGUGGAGCUUUUGCGGCACAGUACGGAUAUUGAAUUCCAAAAUUGCCUAUUUUUUAGUAUGUUGCAAUUUAUUAUAUUAAAUGGAUAUCUCAAAGCUCGAAAGUAUUUACGAGUAUAUGUAGCACUAUUUUUAGUAAUGUAUUAAUUACUAUAAGCACCUAGCAGUAUUCGUCACAAUAAAAUGACAAGGAC